CUCGCCGCCAUCUUGUAUUCACUUUUGUGGUUCAGAUGUUUAUACCUAUUAUUUAAGUGUUCUUUUGUUUAUUUAACACAUUCUUUACUCGAUGUUUAACUUUGGUGGACGUGUUUUUCUGUAUUAAUUAAGUGCAAAGCAACAAUUAAACAUAUGCGGUACUAUCUAUAUAAGCCACAGCUGGCUAUGAAUAAUAACAAAACUGCACUGCAUCGAGAAGGCGUUGGCAUUCACGAACAAUAUAAGUAAAUGCAGGUUUCACAGAAAGACUCAAAAGGUUGUAAAAGAGUUGGUGUAGAAGAGCAUUUGAUUAAAUUUAGACCAUCGCCGAAUUUUAAAAAUAUGAAAAAAUUUAUGAAAUCAAAAAUGGACCAUUUACAAAUAACGAAUCGGGCCAGUCCGAAUGCCGCUCCGGAUCCGACACCACCGCCAAAUAUUGGUAGAUCGGAGAGAGUCACGCCCGUUGUUCAACCUCCAUUACCGCUGGAUCCUCCUCCUCCGGACAGUCCAAUUUAUUUGAAUAUGAUAGUUAAACAAGAGGUUGAAGACACAGAUUAUCAAAGUGCUUGUGGUAAUUCUCCGGAAAUUGCUAACCAAGAGUCACAAGGUAAUGGUGAAUCACAAAAUGUUACACCAGAGAAACCAACAGAAAAAACAAAAAUGCCAAUAUGUCGAGAUUAUAUUCGAGGGACGUGUAAAAGACAAGGCACUUGUAAAUUUGCUCAUAAGUAUGAUGUAUCACAGCUGGAAGGUGUAUAUACAUUCUGUCACAAAUAUCAAAACUCAGUAUGCACAUUUGCCAAUUGCAAGUAUGUUCAUGCAGAUGUAUUUGAGGAACGUCAGUUUUAUCGAACUGGAAUACUUCCACCACAUGCAUUGGCUCACCAUAAGAAAGUUUUGCAACCGCCUCCACCGCCUCCGCCUCCUGAAGAACCUCAACCAGAUUUGCCACCUAUAACAUUCACCAAUCCUCCACCACCAUUGCAUACUGAAAUAGAUAAGUCAAUAUUAAGUGUCAUACCUUCCAGCUCACUGGAAUCCAGAGGAUUCACGGAUCUCUUACCACCAACUAGAUAUACAUCACCAUUAAAACGUGAAUGGAGCAAUAUUGAACCGUUCGGAAGUACGCCGUGCGACCUCGACACCAAUGAACACUUGACAAAAAAAUGCAAACAUUGUGAUAUCAUGGAGUUCAGAUUACAAUACAAUAAAGAUAAAGUACAAAAGAUGAGACAAACCAAAGAGGAAUUAAACAAAAAGAUGGCCAUCUUGGACAAAAAAAGUGAAAAGCUUUACACAAUAAUAAUGGCAUUGCUUAAACCUCAAAUGUCGUCGAAAUCUCAGAGUCAUACAAAUGGCUUAACUUUACUAAAUGGUGAUAAUAAAGAUAAGUCACUAUUAGAACAAUUAAACGCAAUAAUGAAUGUCACCAGUAGACUUUCUACACUUGGAGAAGAUAAAUAAUAUUUAAGGUAAUAUUCGUCAAAAUUAAUUUUAUUGCAAGAAUUUAUAAAAUAAGCUGUGCUUGGUGUUUGGGCUUUGUUUCAGCCUACCAAGGGAGGUACCACCUUCACACAUUCUAUUGCCUAGUAGCAAUAUCACUAUUUCUGUGCUCCAGUUUGAUGGGGAACCACUGUAACUAAAGUUACCAGAGACAACAUCAUGAUAUUGUUAUGAUUUCUUACAGUGUUAUGUAAUAAAAAUAGAAUAUAAUAAAUUUUUGCACAAAAUAGGUGGAAGAUAUCUUGUAAUUUACUAAUUUUUAUGUUUGCAUCACAAACAUGAAAAUAGUAAAAAGAACUUCAUUAUUAUUGUAUAUAUUAUUAUUAUAUAUAUAUUAUAAAUUUGGGGUAGUAAUAUCGUAUUUCCAUAUUUCGUCUACAUACAUGUGUUAUGUAUGUACCACAAAAGAAAAUACGUAAGACUAUAUUGUCAAGAGAAAGUGUGUGCAAAAUUUAAAUUACGUAGAACUGAUUUUAUAUUCGGUUUCUAAAUCAAUUGAAAUAAAAGAUAAAGAGAGAAAAAGUAAAAGUAAUAGAAAUUAAGGAGCUAGGCAGAUUGGUAAAGAUGCCAUGUGAUGGUCACCACCACUUAGACAUUGGCACUGUAAGAAAUAUUAACUUACCUUAAAACUUAAAUGCUUUAGUUACACUGGGUCACACACCCUUAACCCAAAACAAGAAUACCGAGUACUAGUGCUUAGCAGUAGAAUGUGCGAUGGGUGAUACCUACUCACUACUUGGUGGUAGGGCGUGCACAAAGCCCAGUAACACCUAUAAACACCUAGUAAUGGCUCACCUUUUCAAGGAUAUUUUAAAUUUGUAAAAUUAGAAGUAUAUAAGACUAUGAGAACUUUUAAUUAAUGUUAUUUGUCAAUAUCGGAUCUUAAAAUGUAAUUUUGAUUGAUGACCGUGGAUAUAGUUCAUUCAUUUUACAUAAAUCAUAUAUUAAAGGUUUUAUAUAUUCUUAUGUUGUAAUUUCAGAAUAAAGCGGACGGAAAGUGUCGUCAUGGAGCUUUGAUGAUGGUAAAGCUGCCUCUACUGUGGGGGGCAGCUCUUGACAUGAACAUUAUUCCUCUAAUGUGUAAAUACAAUUGGUUGCAAAAAAAUCGAACAUUUUAAACAUAUAUUAUAUAAGUUUGGAAUAUGUUUUAACAUUACGACAAAGCCAAAGGAGGGUUAAUUUACUUGUUCGUAUGUUGUCAACUCGAAUAUAAAAACGGGAUAUAUACCCGGAUACAGGGGAUAUACAAAACUUACUACUCCCGUUUUUAUCCAGCACGAGAGGGCACCGGCUUUAAUAAACGAUCGUUAUCAAAUCUUAACAUCCUUAUCUAAUGGCUGAUUUUUGUCUAUCGAUAAAUUACAUCGAGGCAUAUUCUAAUAUUUUUUUUAAUAAUGUGAUUCUCCGUUUUUAUCUAUUGUACAUCUAGUAAUGAAAUGGGGCGUGUUUAACCAACUAUGCUGUAAAUAAAUUGGUAUAAUUAAUGUCAUCCUGAAACGAUAAUUAAAUCAGCUUGAAUAAAGCAUACUGAAUAGAGUAUAUUUUUGAUUUGGAUAAACACCUUGGAAUAUAUUAAAAUAUUAUGUUAUUGGCUUUUUAUGAGCAACCUAAGCUUUACUAAAAAAGUUUGGUAAA